AUGCUUCGUCCAGACAACAUUGGUUUGAAUUUGGAUAUUCACCCUGAUGCGUUGGCCAUGAAUCAAGCAAGUAGAGCGGGAAAGACGCCCGAGGAAAGCCGUAUUUUAAAAGCAGCGGAUUGUAAAUUGCCCAUGUUUACAAGAUACCGUGAAAGUACCUGCAACGAGAACUUUUUUUUCGUGCAAGUCGUUGCGCCGAAAUUUGGCCUUUCCGCACACCCGGAAGAAAGUUGCGAGGUAGAAAAACAGACCAUGGAUAAAAUAGUCCACUGUUUGAACAACAUGAAACCCAAACCAAGAUUUUUGGUUGUUCAUGGAAAUUUCACCAACGCUGAGCCAAACGACAAAGAAUUUUUCCCGCAGCUAGAGUUAUUCAAGUCUUCGUUCGAUAAUCUAAGCGCGGAAAUACCCGUUGUAUGUGUUUGCGGUCGCUCGGACUGCGGAGAUCCACCGACUUUAAGCUACGUUGAAUCAUAUCGAAAAACGUUCGGCGAUGAUUGGUUUGCUUUCUGGGUCGAAGGAGUACAGUUCUUGGUGCUAAACACGGCGUAUUUCAAAGAUCCAAGUGGAAACACAGAAAGUUUAAGGAUAGAACAACGAGAAUGGCUGGAGUCGAAAUUAUUAGAAGCUCAGGUUAAUCCGCCGCGACAAAUAAUUCUUCUUCAAUCUACUCCGUGGUUCUGUAAAUCUAUAGAUGAACCUUACCAUGAUAAUAACCUUGAUGCAUGUGUCCGUCAAGAAGUUGCCCCUAAACUUACCGAAGCUGAAGUAAAAUAUGUAUUCACAGGUCACGUAAAUGGUGUAGGAAAAGACCAAGGAUUAGAAAUAAUUCAAACGAGUUCUUUAGGAAAGGAAAAACUAGGUUUUCGUGUUGUUAAAGUAAAUCCUGAAGGCGUUUUGCAUAAAUUUUUUGAGUUGGACAACUCCCCUAUCGAUCUUAAUUCACAAUUGUAAUAUUUAUCGUUUUGUCUCCAGCUGCGGGAAUCAAAACCGGCGUGAACGACUUGGCGAAAUUUCAUGAAGCCAUAAGAUUUACUAAAAACAAGAACUCAGCUCAGCGGAGGACUCAUUGAUACAUUGGGGUGAAUGUCCUUUGCGCAAAGCCCGGCUCAUCCUCCCCGGUUGUCUUCAUAUUUGGCAUUGAAAAUACUGAGAAAAAUCUCUCGAAAGUUAUCCAGAAACCCAGUUAAAAAAGCAGUUCCAAUCUCAGUUAUAUGAACUUAUGCCUAUCAUCUAAAUAUUAUAUUUGAAGAAGGUAUUGGAUUUGAUUUUUUUUAAUAUUUUGCUUUUUAUCUGUCUCAAAGAUAACAUCCGGUUCAUCAAUUUUUAAACGUAACUAAUAAACAAAUUAUUAAAAUGUUUCUUUGUCAGUUUCGUCAAGUUAAUAGUUGGAAGGAAUAAAAUGCAUAUUUCCGCCUUGUUUUCGGUAUCCAAAGAUUUUAGCAGCCGUGCCUUCAAUAUAUAAUUAAGCAUUCAUUUCAAUUAGUUACCAAAGUGACGGAAAUCUUCUUCACUUUUUGUCGAUUGCCUGUAUUAUUUUGUGUUAAGGCCGCUUUCACCCGAUUUAGGUAAUUUCCGUAUGACCUGAACAUUUCCGAACGUUAUUUUCUUCUACACAAACAAUUUUCUUUUACUGAAGUAAAAGAGGGCCGCAAGAGUUCCAAUGCCCGAUGGUAUCACAAACGUAUAAAAAAUUCUUAUAGUUUUAAAGUAAGAUUUGCUGUUCAGUUUUUUAAUGGAAGGCUUAAAUACACCGUGUCAAAUUCCUUAAAUAAGGAGCUCAACCUCCUUCCAACAUUACCCCCCAAAUUUAAAACCCGAAUAAGCCUUCCAUGAUAAGCCCCUUGAAAUUCAGUUCCGAAAAGUUCCCAGGGAGCUUAGGAAUUCGGCUUCAACACCUAAAAUAUACAACAUCCUCACCGUACUGACCAGACCUGUACUCCGGCAGCCAAGCCCCGCGGGAAGUGGUCUUCGAUGGCCCACGUUCGAUACCGUAAAAUUCCGAAAAUAAGUCCCUCCAUGUAUAAGCGCCUCCAAAUAUAAGCCCCCCAAACUCGUAAUGCAAAAAACCCUCCGUUAAAUCGCCCUCCAAACAUAAGCCCCCUCAGGGGUUGGUACUUGGAAAUUGCUCUCAAAUACAAAGUAAAACAAAGCAAAAACGAUAAAAUUUCCUUCUAACAGGAUUGCCCAAUCGAUUUUGAAACUCAAAUUUCCCUCCAUAGAUAAGCCCCUCCAAAAAUAAGCCCCUAAAAAAGGGCCUUUGAAAAAUAGAAGCCCCGGGAUUUAUUUUCGGAAUUUUACGGUAUAUUAAAAUUUUAACAUGACUCAGAGGCCUAAGGGACAAAAUUGCAAAUUUUUCACGACUCCAUUGUCUCGAAAUUCCAAGAAGAGACUUGAGUACAAAGAAGACCAAACAAAUUAUGGAAAAAUGACCAGAAAGCCUUGGAGUCAUGUAAGAAUUUUAUCUUAUCGAACGUAGGUUAUUAGCUUUGAUCUACCACAUGGACUAUAGUGUAUAUAAAACAACUAAGAAAAAAUGGCGGGGCAGCUGAUCCCAACUCUAGUUCCUAGGGCUUUUCCCUCCUUCUUUCAGCGCCGCUGACUCGCCCCAGUGCUCUCACAAGAUGCUGCUAUAUUGGAAUUGAACAAGACUGGGGAGGAGAAAGCCUUUUAAAUAUAAGCGUGACGAAGCGUGACAUCUUUGAUCAUAAUCAAUAUGGUUUGUAUGUUAAUGUUGCUGUAUACACUAUCGCUGUUCGUCAGCCCCGUUUUAACUGCCCGAAUCGCUGGAUUUCAUGUUUUUGGAGGUUCACAGUACAUGAACAUGCGACGGAUGCUGGAAGAACUGUCCUCACGCGGCCACGAGGUAGAAAUAAAAAUAAUUCGUUUUCUACUUUAACCAAUUUUAUAUAAUUUUGUUUGGCUCUGGAUAUCUGAAUAUUAGUGUGCUUGUUAGAGUAGCACUGACUUGAUAUGACAGGUAUGUUUAACCAUUAAAAACAGUUUGUAAACAAACGCAGAAGGCAACGAGCCGAUGAUGCAGUCUUAUUAACAUUUUCGUGGAAGACAUCACGCGAUUUGUGAGGUGCAGCACGUGCAACCGGAAGUCGCCUCUAUUCCCCUACCCUCCCUCGCCGGUCCUGGAGGAGCACCUGGUAAUCGAGCAUAAACCGGAAGUGGAUCGAAAAUUUCUUUGCCGUCCACUGCACAACUACCACGUGAAAAAUCUUUUUAGUUCCUGCUUCGGAUCCCCUCUAGCUUCAGCUCUAACUUAAUUUCCCAACUUCUGAGACUGGGUGAACUUGAAUAAUCGUGAAAAAAGUUUAAAAGGACCCAAGCAGGUCGAUCAUUUUUCUCAGUGACGUUUCCAUUGGAGAGCACGUUGCUGAAACGCAAGGUCUCUACUAUCCCCUAUUUGCAUUACUUCUCCGCGUUGUCUAAUUGGCUCAAUUUUGGUUUCCGGGAAACUACCCACCCACCCCUCCCCUAAGCCAUCACUUUGCCCUAAGUGAGAAAUAAGUGUUAAUGUUAGCUUAGGGGAGGGGUAGGUGGGCAGUUUCCCAGAAACUAAAACGCAAGGUCUCUUCUAUCACCUAUUUGCAUUACUUCUCCGCGUUGUCUAAUUGAAUUUAGGUUUCUGGGAAACUACCCACCUACCCCUCCCCUAAGCCAUCAUUUUGCCCUAAGUGAGAAAUAAGUGUUAAUGUUAGCUUAGGGGAGGGGUAGGUGGGCAGUUUCCCAGAAACUGAAACGCAAGGUCUCUUCUAUCCCCUAUUUGCAUUACUUCUCUGCGUUGUCUAAUUGGAUCAAUUUAGGUUUCUGGGAAACUACCCACCUACCCCUCCCCUAAGCCAUCAUUUUGCCCUAAGUGAGAAAUAAGUGUUAAUGUUAGCUUAGGGGAGGGGUAGGUGGGCAGUUUCCCAGAAACUGAAACGCAAGGUCUCUUCUAUCCCCUAUUUGCAUUACUUCUCUGCGUUGUCUAAUUGGAUCAAUUUAAGUUUCUGGGAAACUACCCACCUACCCCUCCCCUAAGCCAUCAUUUUGCCCUAAGUGAGAAAUAAGUGUUAAUGUUAGCUUAGGGGAGGGGUAGGUGGGCAGUUUCCCAGAAACUGAAACGCAAGGUCUCUUCUAUCCCCUAUUUGCAUUACUUCUCUGCGUUGUCUAAUUGGAUCAAUUUAGGUUUCUGGGAAACUACCCACCUACCCCUCCCCUAAGCCAUCAUUUUGCCCUAAGUGAGAAAUAAGUGUUAAUGUUAGCUUAGGGGAGGGGUAGGUGGGCAGUUUCCCAGAAACUGAAACGCAAGGUCUCUUCUAUCCCCUAUUUGCAUUACUUCUCUGCGUUGUCUAAUUGGAUCAAUUUAAGUUUCUGGGAAACUACCCACCUACCCCUCCCCUAAGCCAUCAUUUUGCUCUAAGUGAGAAAUAAGUGUUAAUGUUAGCUUAGGGGAGGGGUAGGUUCUCAUGAUACAUUUUGUCCUUUAGGUCGCAUUGUUUACUCCAUCUAGUCAGCAAAUCAAACCCAGUGAAAAGAUACAGCACCGAACGUACCAAGUGCCAUUUAAACCUGACUUUCUUGACGAUUUCAUUCGACUUGAAAUAGAAGGGCGCACAUUCGAGUUGUUCAUGAAAAAGUCUGGGAUACUAAACGGCUUGUGUGGAGGCGCUUUAAACAGUACAGACGUGCUUGAUGAACUAAAGAAUUACGACCUGAUUAUUUACUAUGGUGGUAUAUAUUGCGCUCCUUUGGUUGGAGAAUUCCUUGACAUUCCAAGGGUGGAAAUUUUUCCUUAUCCGCCAAAUAUUUUAUUAAACGCUUAUCAUAUGACCCCCAUGCCUGUGUCCUACGUUCCACAGCUUAUCAAACCAGAUCUCACUGAUAAGAUGACUUUUGGGGAACGGGUGAUAAAUUUGGUAGCCUAUCUUGGCAGUAGACUAGUCUUGAGUCUCGUACUUGACAGGCCAAUGAAUAAUCUUAAGAUCAAGUUCAAUAUCAAACCUGAAAGAAGUUUCCAGGAAGCUGUUGGUGAUGCAGAAAUGGUCAUAAUUACGGCAGACUUCGCACUGGAGUAUCCACUUCCUUUGUUGCCAGGUAUUCAAGUAGGGGAGCUUAAGCAACUACGACGACGGCGGCGAGGCAACGACCACGUGAAACACAAUUGUUUUUAAGGUGAUGUGUAAUACACGAGACGAUUCGCAACGACGAUUUUAUCGCGUUGCAAUAUUGUUGCGAUAUUGUUUUGAAUGGUUGCAACGUUAUUCCAAUAUUGCAACGCUGUGUUGCGCUAAAAUCGGCGUUGUGUAUCGUCCCGUGUUAACAUGACCUUUAUGAGCAAAACAACAGCUCUGCACGACGAAAACCAUGUCUAGGAAAGUCCCCUACAUAUGACAUAUUGCGCGGGUCGAAAUAGAGGCGAUAAAGUUUAAAGGGACGCAAAUUCAGUUUUUUAGCGACAUUUUCACUGUCCUCGUAGUUGCUUAAGCUCCCUAUAGUGAUUACGAAGACGUCUAAAGAUAAUCGUCACCCUUUUUAAUUUUUGUUUUGGCCAUUCCGAGGCAACCUCUUUCCCAAGGUUCUCCUUCAAGAACCCAGGGGACCAUUCUCGUUCCCAGAGCCACUCGGCUUAAUUUGUAACGAAGACCACGUGACCAAGAAACGACGGGCUCUGGGGACGAGAAUGCCAGGGGACGAGGUCGAUUUUGCGCUUGAGUAUGCGCAGAGACUGGGUCGGUCAUGUGUAGAAUUGCACUAUGGGAGUCUGUAGGGGACGCUGUCACUUCUUUCACUUGCGUAGAAAACUGGGUCAAAACUCAUCCACUAAAACAGCCCCAUAAUGCAAUUCGACACAAAACUGACCCAGUCAGAUGGCUAAAAAACGUUUUCACAUGACGUCGCAUUCGUCAUGUCCCAAAACAAUUAAUCCUGUGGGAAUUGAGGCUUUUUUUUAUGUAAAAGCUUUCUUUUGUUUCAAUACAAUUGCAUAGCAGCCGGUCACGAGAGUGAAAAGGCUUUAUGAUCACAAGAAGUCAUUAAAACUUAAGUAAUAAACAAAAUUACUUAGAAAACCUUCCGCAGUUCUUGCAGACGCUCUUCUAAGCUGGCAAACUGUUAUAUAACUUAAAAUAAGACCAUUAAAGUAAUGGAAACGAAGCAAAUUAAAAGUUUUAAAGAUUUUAGCUGGAAUGUAUACAAAACAGGUCGAUUCAUUUGGUGAUCGCCAGAACCUUACCGUCACCGCAUUUUUAGUGACCUUUGAAACACUGGCUCUUCGUCAAAUUCGUUAACCUACUUUUUUCUUAUUUUAUGUUUAUCUGCAGGUCAAGUUAUGGUUGGGCCCUUGAGUGUCAAAGAUCCCAAUCUCAUCCCCCCUGAUUUUGAAGAAUUUAUUAGUAGUUCAGGGGGGAAUGGUUUUAUCAUAGUUUCCUUUGGAUCGAACGUAGCUUCUCUUCUCCCUCAAGCGGAAGUGGACAUGUUAGCUUUAGCGUUUGGAAAACUUAAANAGUAAUGGAAACGAAGCAAAUUAAAAGUUUUAAAGAUUUUAGCUGGAAUGUAUACAAAACAGGUCGAUUCAUUUGGUGAUCGCCAGAACCUUACCGUCACCGCAUUUUUAGUGACCUUUGAAACACUGGCUCUUCGUCAAAUUCGUUAACCUACUUUUUUCUUAUUUUAUGUUUAUCUGCAGGUCAAGUUAUGGUUGGGCCCUUGAGUGUCAAAGAUCCUAAUCUCAUCCCCCCUGAUUUUGAAGAAUUUAUUAGUAGUUCAGGGGGGAAUGGUUUUAUCAUAGUUUCCUUUGGAUCGAACGUAGCUUCUCUUCUCCCUCAAGCGGAAGUGGACAUGUUAGCUUUAGCGUUUGGAAAACUUAAAGAACGAGUUGUGUGGAGACUCAAAGGUACUGUCACUUAAGGACAAACGUCGUCGUUAAAACAUCCAGUCCCAUGAAUGGUUGUUAAAAGAUCCCAGAUUUCAUAUGUAACCAUGCGCAAGUACUGCUGAUUACAUACGAUUUUUUCCUCAGACUCAAAGUUUAGAACCACCUUGUACAGCAUAAUAAACAGUACCACAGGAAAGUACUGCUCAGUAGCUUUCAUUUGAAUGGUCACAUCAUAGGAUUUCAUCCACAGACUCAAAAGUUAGCACCACCUUGUACAGCAUAAUAAACAGCACCACAGGAAAGUACUGCUCAGUAGCUUUCAUUUGAAUGGUCACAUCAUAGGAUUUCAUCCACAGACUCAAAAGUUAGAACCACCUUGUACAGCAUAAUAAACAGCACCACAGGAAAGUGCUGUUCAGUAGCUUUCAUUUGAAUGGUCACACCAUAGGAUUUCAUCCACAGACUCAAAAGUUAGAACCACCUUGUACAGCAUAAUAAACAGCACCACAGGAAAGUACUGUUCAGUAGCUUUCAUUUGAAUUGUUACACCAUAUUCACAGACUCAAAAGUUUCGAAACGUUCAACAUAUCUCUUGUUAAUUAGCCAUGGGAGUGAAUUGGGGCUUCUGGGUCACUUAAUUAGCCAAUUUCACUUAAGACCUUAUGGGGCUGGGUAUAGUUCGUGUUUCAUAUUAAUAUCAGAUAAAACAUUUCUUUCAGGUUACAUACCUUCAUUUCUGGGUUCAAACAUUAAAGUAGUGGACUGGUUACCUCAGAAUGAUCUUCUGGGUCACAAGGACAUCAAAGCGUUUGUGACUCAUGUAGGACACAACAGUCUUUAUGAGUCUACAUAUCAUGGAGUUCCUGUGGUAGCUGUUCCAUUAUUCGCAGAUCAGUUUGCGAAUGCCAAAAAAGCGCAACACUUUGGUCUUGGUUUGACAGUUAAUCACAGAAGUACUACUGUCCAACAACUUGUUGAAACAAUCGAGCUGGUCGUGAGAGAACCAAGGUGAUAUCUGGUUUCAGUUUCUUCCACUGUUAUAAGUGUGUAUAUGUAUAAGUGUUUUUAAGUCGAUUUUUUUUUUUCGAAAUCGCUGCUUGCUAGAGGCCAACAUCCCCAACGGCAGUUUAAAGCGAGAGAGGUUAGAAACUAACCACGCGUUUCUCUCCUAGUCUCCAUCUCCGCCUUCAAAGCCACGCCUGUAGAACUUUUGGUUUUGUGACCAACUCAAAAUUAAGGCUACUUUACAGCCAGUGUCUAUACGUAAAUAUCAAGGAAUAUUUCUUUCUUAGGCAAUAUGACUCAGCAAUCACGGUCAUAAUUGGCUGAAACAUUUUCGGAAACACAACAUAAGUACAUACAUACUCUGACUUCUUGCCCGCGAACACUUAUUGCACUUAUUGCACUUCGUAAGGCUUACAUGGGCAUUAACCUUUCGGAAUGAAGUUUGAAUGCUGGGGAAGAAAUGCACAAGGUUUUCAACAAUUAUGAUCGGGAAAUUUGCUGAAAAUGAGAGGUGUGAAUGAUUGCCUAAACUAAUUUCGGCAAACGAGGCCAGUUUUGCCACCGUUCCAUGACAUUAUAGCCGCCCCACAAAAGGGAAUCUAAGACAGUCUUGGAUUCUGGAUUCCAGUCUUUGUCAGUGGAACUUGGAUUCCGUUACAAUCCUUAGUGGGAUUCCGGAUUCCUUGAACUGUAUUCCGGAUUCCAAAGUCCAGGAUCCGGAUUCCAUAGCCAAAAUUUCCCGGAAUCAAUCGGGAAUCCAGAUUCCUUUUCAUGGGGCGAAUUAUAGCGUGGCUGUAUUUUCCAGAUUCAAGCAGAGUGCCAUGCGUAUCUCCAGUCUGUUAAAAGACCGUCCACGCUCCCCUCUUCAAGAGACCUGUGAUUGGAUAGAGUAUGUGAUCAGACAUGGUGGAGCUCGGCAUCUCAGAGCUCAAGUGUUUAACAUCCCUUGGUAUCAGUACUUCCUACUUGAUGUCAUAGCUUUCCUUGUUGCUAUGGUGACCUUGGUUGUCGUGGUGAUCAGGUUGAGCUGUACAUGCCUAUGUCGUUUGUGCUGUAAAAGGAGCAGCGACAAAGCCAAGAAGGAUUAA